AUGCCUCUCACCGGACACUGCCUCUGCAAGGCCGUCACAUACUCCGCCGACGUCGAGGCUCCCAUCAUCACGGGCUACGACCACUGCGACGACUGCCAGCGCCAGAGUGGUUCCACCUACUCCCUCGUCGCCGUCGUCCCCAAAGACAAGCUCACCAUCAAAGGCCCCAUCAAGAAAUGGACCGGCAAAGGCUCCUCUGGGAAAGACGUCCAUCGCCUUUUCUGCUCCGAGUGUGGCUCCCCCAUUGCCCAUGACCCCGAUGCUGCUCCCGAGAUCAUUGCCCUCAAGGCCGGUACUUUGGACUCUGAACUGAAGAAGAACCUGAAGCCGGACACUGAGAUUUGGACUGUUGGAAAGUUGCCCUUUUGCCAGGAGCACUUGGCCAAGCCUUUCAAGCACAUGCCCGAGUAA